UCUCUGCAAAGACUCUUAUAUCUCAGAGGGUUGGACCUCUGAGGCUGUGGGUAGUGAGGGGGAAGAAAUGUGCUCUUUCUCUUCCUUUGGUUGCAGGUGCAAUACCCAUCUGCCAUGUUUGGGAAGCCAAUCUAGUUUCCUAGACAGACUGCAGACUCUGUCCUCCAUUUGCUGUGGUGAUGUUAGGGUCAGCUCUGGCAUGAGAAUAAACCCUGGAACAAGCAGAAGGGGCAUUUGUGGAAAUAGCAGACUUCAAGGGCUUGUGACAAAGUGACAAGACCAAGUGUGGCCACAGGACCACUGUAAACUGUGCUGACAGCUUCAUGAGCCACGCCUGGCUGUGGGAUGGAGCAGGUGGAAAUGAUUGCGAAUGCUCCCUCUGGCCAGCCAGCCUCUACCCGCCCGGGGCUUGGUAACCCCACCACACUUCUAUUCCAGCUAUAGAGGACAAGCACAGCUUGUGCUAGAACAUCUGACAGUAAAGUUGUUGUCCUGUGAGUGCAACCAGUAGGUUGCGGAGUUCCUCAAAGAGGAACAAUAUCUUACUGUGGCUGGAAGUGGGGUUUGACAGUGCUGCUUGGACCUUGUGCUAUCCUAAGAGGAUCCAGACAGCAUUAAAGAAUUAUUUUGUCCCAUGGAAAGUUCUGCUAUGAAAGCAGGUUUUUGCUUUGGGCAGUUCUUCAGCUGUGUUGCUUGCUGCCAGGUCUGGCCUUGUCUGCAGCCUCAGACAGACCCUGACCGAGGUGGAGGAGGCUGCAGAGCCUGUCGUGCUCAGAGAUGGGGAGCAGCUGUGGGGAAGAGGACAGGGGCAGAGAUAGUCGUCCAUGGUCACAUCCUUUCCUCCAUGUAGGGGCAGACCAUGACUCUCUGCCUCCAGCUUUCUCUCUGGAGGGGUUGCUGGGUUUGAAUGCCCUUUCUCUCCAUGCGCACAGAGACCCUGCUGGGGGCUGCCUUAAUUCUGAUCUUGAUGCACACUGUGUGAACAUAUUGACUGUGCCCUUCAGAGCUCUCCCACUGUCAGGUUCUGGCACCAUCCAUGGGCCAUGACCCUCUGCCUGCAGACCCCUCCUGCAACUAAUGCUUGGCAAGCUAGGCACAGAUGUCCUGCUCACCCUGGGGCUGGCAGGGCACAAGCUGGGCUCUGGACAGUGUCCUGUGAGGUCCUUUUAGACUGCUGACACAGCAAGACUGGCUGUGAUCCCUGCUGUGUGGGGCCAGUCUUUUUUCCUCCAUGAUGGCUUUGAAGAGAGGUAAAAUCCUUCUCACCCUUGCUUGCUGUGUAUGUGCACAAGAGAAGAGAUGGAGGUCAUGUCAGAAGCUCAACGUCACAGGGAAUGGGGCUGAAGUUUGGGAAAGGGUGGAGGGUCUGAACUGCCCUUAGCCCUUCUUGGUAGCAGGGGGAAGGGGGAGCAUGGUGUCAAUGAUUGUGAGAGUCACAAGUUGUGCAGGUACACACCAUGACAGCUCUGUGCUUGCCUGGCAGAUCUAGCCCUGACUGCAUCAUCCAGCUCCUGCUGCUGCCAUAUGGGCUCUUUUUGCUUUGUCAAAAAGGCCAUAGGAAACAUAAACCUAGUACAAAGUCAUCACUGGUCUGAUGAUUUUUUUUGGGCUUGGGCUAUCUUGUCUUUCCAUUCACUUGCCCUGGUUCUGCUAAGAGUCUGUGGGUCUGAAUUCCUGCAGAAUUUGCUGUACAAGACAAGAUCUGCCCAGAGAUGUGAAUGCCUUCAGUUCAGUUGCUGAAAAUGAAGAUGCACUCCUUAAGCACUUAUUUGAAGGCUAUCAGAAAUGGGUCCGCCCUGUAGAAAACUCCAAUGACACCAUCAAAGUCCUUUUUGGGUUAAAAAUAUCACAGCUUGUGGAUGUGGAUGAGAAGAAUCAGCUGAUGACAACCAACGUGUGGCUGAAACAGGAAUGGAUUGACCACAAACUCUCCUGGAAUCCAGAGGAAUAUGGUGGGAUCACCGCUAUCCGCGUCCCCUCUGAGUCUCUGUGGCUUCCUGACAUUGUUUUGUUUGAAAAUGCUGACGGACGUUUUGAGGGAUCCCUGAUGACCAAAGCCAUAGUGAAGUACAAUGGAGUGGUGACCUGGACACCACCAGCCAGUUAUAAAAGCUCCUGCACAAUGGAUGUGACCUUCUUCCCCUUCGACAGGCAGAACUGCUCCAUGAAGUUUGGGUCCUGGACAUAUGAUGGCAAUAUGGUGGACUUGAUUUUAGUGGAUGAAAAUGUAGACAGGAAAGACUUCUUUGAUAAUGGGGAGUGGGAAAUCUUAAACGCCAAAGGUAUGAAAGGGAACAGGAAGGAUGGACUGUACUCUUACCCAUUUGUCACUUACUCCUUUGUGUUGAGGCGCCUUCCACUGUUUUACACUCUUUUCUUAAUAAUCCCUUGUCUGGGCUUGUCUUUUCUAACUGUCCUGGUGUUUUACCUACCUUCAGAUGAAGGAGAAAAGCUUUCAUUGUCGACAUCAGUUCUAGUCUCCCUCACUGUUUUCCUUUUAGUGAUUGAGGAAAUAAUCCCUUCUUCUUCCAAAGUCAUCCCUCUGAUCGGUGAGUAUCUGCUCUUCAUCAUGAUUUUUGUGACCCUCUCUAUCAUCGUGACUGUGUUUGUUAUCAAUGUCCACCACCGAUCCUCAGCAACUUACCACCCCAUGGCUCCCUGGGUUAAAAGGCUCUUUCUCCAGAAGUUGCCUCGUCUGCUCUGCAUGAAGGGCCACGUAGAUCGCUACUCAUUCUCAGAGACUGAAGAAAAGGGAACCAUCUCGAAAUCAAAGUUUCUGGGGAAGCAGAAAUACAAGCAAGCAAAAGACGGAGAAAAAGUUGUUAUUGCCUUUCUGGAAAAGGCAGCUGACUCCAUUCGGUACAUUUCCAGGCACGUUAAAAAGGAGCAUUUCAUCAGACAGGUUGUACAAGACUGGAAAUUUGUAGCUCAAGUCCUGGAUCGGAUCUUCUUGUGGUUAUUUCUGGUGGUGUCAGUGAUGGGUUCAGUUCUCAUCUUUACCCCUGCAUUACGGAUGUGGUUGAACAACACUUUGUAGAAACUACUCCCAGAGUCAUAUACAACAAGUACAGUGCCAAGGGACGGUGGUGCCUUGGAGCUUGGUCUCUGCUGUACAAGAGGGGAAGCAGCAGCAUGAAUGAGGGAAGGUGAUGGUAACAGUGGGUAUUUAUUAGUGCUUUCAGUCUUCAUAAUAACUCUACCACUUACAGAUUUUGCUGAAAUCAGAGAAGAGCUUGGUGCACAGCCAAGGCCUAAAGUGAACUGGGGUCGCACAACUGAGUUAUGAUUAUUUUAUUGUUAGCUUGGUUAUAUUACUACAAAAGCCAAGAUUAUUAGUUAAAAUUGGAAAUAGAAGGUCUUGUACAAUCAUUAUACUUAAAAGGCCAGUUAAAAUGCUACAUUGUAGAAGAAGUUACAGUAGGAACACAAAUCUCUACUCAGUUUACCUGUGUUUCCAAGUAAAAACCACUAAGUGUCUACAGGUUGCUUUAUGCGUAUGUCAGAACUGGCAAUUGCAUAGCAUAUUCAACAGAAAAAGUAUAAAUUCUUAGAUGAGAUGCUCAAAACCUUGACUCUCUAGCCUCACUUUGCUGCAGGAUCAGCUCGACAGAGGCAGAAUCUACUACUGAUCACCUGCUACCAGCCUUUACGGCAUGCACACUUUGUCUCUCACCUCUGCCACCAGGAAGCUACAAGGUAUCGCCCACUUUCCAGUAUUAUUUGCAAUUUUGCUUGCUGCUCUGUAAUGUACCAGAAGGCUGACAAAAUGAUGAUUUUUCCCCAUGCUCCACAUGUAGAAACUAUUAUUACUUCACCUACUUGUUCACAAGUGGAAUAUCACCUAAGCGAAGAUAGCUAUGUUAUUCCAUAAGGUAACAGUGAUAUUCCUGAAGUGUUCAGCUGGAGGGAAGCUAGAGACAUCUCUUCUGGCAGAUGAAAGUUGUGGUUGUUACAGGAGUGGGGUUUCUCUUGAGAGCUAUAGAGGGGGCUGGUCACCAGGAAGAUAUAUUUUUGGAUGUUGGCUUGUCCAUAUUUCCUAGACAAUUCAGAAUUUCAUGCCUUUGAUUCAUUUAUUAGGGGAUCCUUUUGCAUGAUUAGAAACAGCUCUUAGAAAUGUUAUAUAAGUUAUAUAAGUGAGAUGUGACAGAAAACACCCAGGUGAAGCUCUUGAAUAUGGGAAUGAAGCCUUCACCACCUUUGCUGGGACAGUGUUUUCCAACAUGAUGUGCUUUAGAAAAUCCUAUUCAGAACUUGCAAAUGUUUUCAAGGUUAGAAAAGGAUUUGGAGAUCCAAUUUUUGACAAUCUAAAUACGUGUUAAAGUUUUAGCCUUGAAACUGUUCCCUAGAGAUGGAGGUUAGAAAGUGUUAAAAAUACAGAGAGGUGUUCUUGUGCUUGGAUUGUGCAUGCACACCAGACCUCCAUGAGUUAAUGUAAUCCCAUCAUAAUGUGUCAAUGCAGAAACUUAUGUCCACUUGUGCAAUC